CACAGCCUGGGCGAGUAGUUGGUCCUCGCCGGGUCCAAAUUUCUCCCGUGAUCUCACCGGCAGCGAUUGCCAUUGAAUUCUCCCCACAUACACCGCUGCUCUUCUGUUUUUUAUUUGAUCAAUUCCAUUACUGUACUGUCUUUUCCUGGGACCCUCCUCCUCCUCUACUACAAAAAAAAGGCAGAUCAACCCACUCCAAGCCUCGAAACAGCACAAACUACGCUUAGAACAAAGGGAGGAAGCAGAAUUUUUACACAUUUUUUUUUCUUCUACUCUCCCACAGUAUUCUAGUGAUCGAUUCCCCUUUUUGUACAAAAGAGACAUUUUUAGAACGCCCAGUGCAGCCAAACAGUAAGAGAAACGGUGAUCUACAGCUAGAAGCAUUGCUUCCUGAAAGCCAGCUAUAAUAUAUAGAGAAAACAACACACAACGAAGACUUAAAAACCCCAAUCAGAUUUUUUUUUUAAAGAAGAAAAACAAUGGCAAGAGAGAAAACAAAAGAAACUGAUGGAGGCUGGAAGAAAUUCGUGUGGAAUUCCGAGAAGAAGGAGUUUUUAGGAAGAACAGGUGGCAGCUGGUUCAAAAUCCUUUUGUUCUAUCUGGUCUUCUAUGGCUGCCUUGCUGGUAUAUUUAUUGGGACCAUUCAAGUACUACUUCUAACCAUCAGUGACUAUGAACCAACGUAUCAAGACCGUGUAGCACCACCAGGACUAACACAGGUACCAAAGGCAUUAAAAACCGAGAUCUCCUACUCAUUGAAAGAUGCUUCAACCUAUGAUGAUUACGUGAAAAGUAUCGACUCAUUUCUAGGAGCAUACAAUGAAAGUCUGCAAAAAAACGCAGAAUAUUUUGAAGAUUGCUCAACGAAACCUGCUGACUAUUAUGACAGAGGAACUCUGAAAUCACAUGAACAGAGAAAAUCUUGUACAUUCUUCCGUGAGUGGCUUGGGGAUUGCUCUGGCCUGACUGAUCCUACCUACGGUUUCAAAGACGGAAAGCCCUGUGUAAUUGUUAAACUUAACAGGGUUGUGGGCUUUAAACCAAAGCCGCUUACUGAUAACGCCAGUCUACCAGCUGAUAUGGCCUCUUCUUACAGUCCAUACAUCCUUCCAAUUCACUGCCAGGGCAAGAAAGGGGAGGAUAUUCCUGCAAUUCACUCAAUAACGUAUUUUGGAAUGGACGGAAAACCAGGAUUCCCUUUAAAUUAUUAUCCUUACUAUGGAAAGCUGCUGCAACCAUAUUAUCGCCAGCCUCUUGUUGCUGUACAGUUUACCAAUAUUUCCAAGGACAUGGAUGUUCGCAUUGAGUGCAAGGCAUACGGUGAAAAUAUACAAUACAGUGAUAAAGACCGUUUCCAGGGACGUUUCGAUGUAAAGUUUCAUAUAAAAAGUAGCUGAUCAUAAGCACAUCUUGUGUAAACCGCCCAUUAAAACAUUAAAGAGAAAAAAAAAAACUUCUAGUCUUGAACAAACUGUCAUGUAUGGGACCUACACUAAAUAUAUACGCUUUACACUAGCUUUCUGCAUUUACUAGGUUAGAAUGUAAAUUAAGUGUAGCAAUAGCAACAAAUAUUUAUUCUACUGUAAAUGAUAAAAAAAGAAUGACUUGAACCUUGGGACAUGCCCAUUCUGCUGUAAAUUUAUGAUUCCAUAAUCAAAAUGUAGUUAAGCAACGUGUCUAGCCCCAAACUAUUGCUACUUUCUUGUAUUUUUUUUUUUUUUGUUCAUGUAGUUUGUUAAAGUAGCAUAUGUACAACUUUUUAGCUAUUUCUGCCAAGCCAUGUUUUGUUAUGUUUCUACUUUGUGACCAGCAUUGCAGUUCAAGGUGUAAAUACUCUGUAACGGGAAUAAAACUGGCUCAGUAAUAUAUAUACAUAUAUAUAUAUUUUUUGUUUUGCUUUGGUGAAAGAAGGAAAAAACAGCCAACCAACCCAAAUAUAUAACACUUUUGUGUUCCAUACGGAAACCCAAUUCCACACCCAAUGGUGCACCAAGGUGUUAAUAGCACUCCACAAGGCCCUAUUUCAUGUGUUUUUUGUUUUUUUUGCUUGGGGUUUUGGUAAUUCUGUUUGGUUGAAGGGGAGACAUUUGUUAGGGUGUUUUUUUUUUAUAUUCCUUAAAAACAUUGGUGAUGGGUUUUGCUGUGCUUUUUAUUUAAUGUUUAAUAAACAAAAAAAAAAAUUCUUCCCUCCCCUAUAAACCUUAAGUAUGUUAUAGAGGUGUGUAAGGCUUGGGGUCAAACUGUCACUUUUGCAGAGAAUAGGGCUAUUGUUUUUCGUUAUAUAUAUAGAGAGAGUUAUAUAUAUUUUUUUGUUCAGGAAGCAUCACAGUUUGGUGCUGUGUCUUUUCAAAUGUUUUAGCCAUUUUCAUGGUGGAAGAAUUUUAUAUUUAUGCAGUUGUACAAUUUUUAUUUUUCUUCGAGAAAAAAGUAAUGUAUGAAAUAAACCAAAGUCACGUGUUGAAAAAUAAAUCUUUAUUUUAAACAACUUUUGAAAAAAGGCAAUGCAGUAUCCCAUAGGAUGUAUUAAAUGUCUACUGUGCGCACAUUGUUCAAACAUCUGUUAUAUUUGCCAGGAGUACGGUGCUCUUGUUGUCGAGUUGAAACAUCAGACAAUAAAAAGAAUAAACCGA